GGUUUCCUUUGCCGGUGCUUAUCUCUCGGCCCGACAAGAAGGUGUAGGUCGAUACCGAGAGCUAUGGUGUGGUUAUUGUCCAUCGCGCGAAGAGGAGCGACGGUCGUGGGAGCUGCAGCCGCUCGCCGGCCUCGUUCUGCCGCCGCCGCCGCACGUGAAGCACGUCGACCCGCCCUCUUUCACGACAACAACAGCGACGAGGCCACGAAGGUCCAGCCACAGCAGCGACGGCAGCUCUCGGCAAAGCCGGCGCCGGCCCCGGCCCCGGCCGCUAGCGCUGCCCCCACCCCAACAGCAACGGGUCCGGCGGCGCAGGAGAAAGGAAGCAGUGGUGGAGGGGGUGGUAGCAGCGGAGAUGCUGCCGAGGAGCUUUGGAUUGUUGGUCGGGUCCUGGACGACAUGGACACAAGGCUAGGGGCGAAACAGGAGAAGAUCCGGGUCCACGAGAUCGGCGUGAUCGAGCGCUUCGCGGCCGUCGUCUCCGCCCUGGACGGCAGCCUCGAGCCCCGCGAAGGCGACGAGUUCUUGGCGUGGCUGCGCUCGCAGGGCUUCGACGACGCCUCCCCCACGCCACAACCAGGGGGUGGUCCUCCGACAGAGGAAGAGGAAACAGCAGCGGGAACGAAGGUCGAGAAUAAAUGCAGCAACGGGAAGAGCGAAGGCGGAGCGGCGGAGGAGCGGGCGGAAGUGGAGGCGUUUCUGUCGGCGGCGUCCGCAAGGCUCAACGCGCUCGUCGUGGACAAGGAAGACGCGCUCUUCGGGGAUAGGGGUGAAGCAGAAGCAGAAGAAUCCUUGCAAGCGAAGGGGGAACGGGGAGGGGGGGGCGGGGUAGCAGCCGCCGGGGGUGAUGCUAGCGGGGAGCCGGUGGUCUCGCCCAACAUGUCAGACGAGGACUUGUACCAGGCCAGACUCGGCGCACACAGAGCUAUGCUUUGCCACUUCCUAUCACUCUUGUCGUCGAGCUUGGGUAAGCAGCAGCUCAAGACUGGGCUGUCGUUGGGGGAGGUGGUGGCGGCGACGAGAUCGGCUUACCUGGCCGCCCCGGAGGAUAGGUUAGCUGCGGUGUAUCCGCUCUUCGACACGCACGGGGACGGGCACCUCGACACCGAGAGCGUAGAUCUCGCCGUGGACGCGGUGGUGCUCUCCGUCACGGCGGCGUCCGAGCGCUGCUACGCGGCGGCCGCGCGACCCGCGCUGGACAAAAAGACGGCGGCGGUGAUGCCCGCCACGAUGAAGUACGUGCUGUGGGACGUGAUGGAGGUGCCGAUGAAGAGGCGGUGCUCCUUCGCGUGGGCGGAGAACCGCAAGCAGGUCGGGCCCGACGAGUGGCGGGUCAGCUGGGAUCAGUUUGCGCCUUCGCGAAGACAACACUUCCCGGAGAUGGACUCCGUAGCUAGAGACUAUGUUGCCGAGUUCAGCAGGCGGCGUUCGGCAUGGCACACCUCCCGCAAGGGGCGCAAGGAGGCCAUGGUUUACGGGUCGGCCUUGUUCGUUGCAGUGUUGAUCAUCGACAACCUGCUGAAGAUGGUGUAGCCACAGCAUAGCUAGCGCGGGCUUUGGCGCUUGAGGGAGAUUCAAUCGGCCUGGUGAUUAGCUGGCCAAAAGUCCCUCUGGACGGACAUUCCUUGGAAUACCCAGCAGUAGUGGCAUAAGGCGUGCAUGCUGCUGUCCACCGAGAACCCGUCGAAGGCCCUGCCGAAGGCGGUGUCGCCAGCUUUGGGUGAAGAGAACAUGGUGCAGUCAAGGCUCCGAUAUAUGAAGGCACGUAGGGGGCUCCAAUAGAAAAAGAGGGUCGAAUCGGUUUGUCACGGACUCGACCCGCUAUCGUUGCUUACCCUCGUAUUCGGGUGCAAGAGGGGGCCUCCGGUAUAAGAGGGUCGAGGACCGUUGUCACACCACACUCGUAUGGUGGAGCCACGACCGUAAGCACUCUGGCAGGAUGACAGGCAGGUUGGCGUUCGGGGGUGUUGGCGAGGGCGGACCGUCGCGCACAUAAGGACGAGCCUUAGGGGGAAGGGCGGUUGGUGCGUUGAGUUCCUUGGAGUGAACGUUCAAAGUACCUAGGAUUCCUUAAAGUAACCUUCAGAUGGCGCCAUUUUCUUUUUGGCCAUGCUUGCACAGGUACAUUGUGUCCACCCCACCGAAG